CAUGAAAUCAGCUCUGCUCUGUUCAAGCUCCUUUCUAUGUUCCUCUUAGUUAAUUGGAAGUUCAUGCCUCUUAAAGGAGAAGUUUGACACAAGUGAUCAUCAUGUGUUGACAAACACAUGAUGUUUACUAACUCCUAACUUCCCAUGACCACAAUACACUUGUGAGCACAGGCUCGACAAAUUUUGGAAAAUUGACACUUAAUUGUCAUUGAGCGAGAGAGAGAGAGAGAGAGCAUGUGAGAGCAUGUGAAAGCACAUUUCAUGGUUGAGGAAGCAAUAACUGGAGAAAAUCAAAUUUUUUGGGUUAUGUGACUCAGCAGCAAAAUAUCACUUGACUUGGUUCUGUGUGCCAUCGUAUACCACUGCUUUCAUUUGACACCUUUUCACUCAGGCUGAUGGAGCUGCGCUGCUUUUCUGCUUUCUUGGCGCUUCAAGUGCUGUGUUUUAUCGAUGCCUAUCCCACCGGUGCACCUACAGGCGCCUGCGAGGACAUGAUACCUCGACACUCUGGGGUGCUGCCGCAGCCUUCGCCUGCGCCCUACUCUGUUCUCACCAACGCCAACAAUUACCAGCCGGGGAAUCCCAUCACAGUGACGAUCACUGGCCCAGAAUACAGAGGUGUGCUCCUGGAGGCUCGGACAAGCGGCAGCACCGGCGCUCUGGGGACCUGGAAUCUUCCUCCUCCAGACACCAGGUUUCUUGAGUGCAACGGGGCACCACAGGGUGCCGUUACUCAUUCCAACACCAACCUGAAGGGCAACACCACCGUAUACAGAUGGAUCCCACCCCAGUUUACGAGCCCUGUCUACUUCAUGGCCACCAUAGCUCAGCAGCGCACAGUCUUCUGGAUUAAUGUGAGGUCCAGCACUCUCAAGAGCGGGAAACCAGGAGGACUCAGUUUUGCAAUGGGUGCAAGUGCCGGACGGGCUGACGAAAAACCUCUGCUCCUCCUUGUGUUGGGUUUUCUAAUGUUCCAAGUGCUGGCGUGAACACGAUGUGAAAAGA